AUGUCCGGCUUCCAAGGUCCUUCCAGAGGCGGCUUUGGAGGAGGAGGAGGAGGCGGCGGAAGGCGGAGAGGAGGUCCUCCGUUCCCGCGACGGGCGGGUUACGACAGUUACAAGCCCUCUCACGACAGCAGUGCCAGCGCCGGUGGCGGAGGCGGCAGGAGUGCUAGACCGGACGAUGGGCAUCAUGGCGGCCGGGAUAGGGGGCGGGAGAGAGAGCUUCAUCGUGACCGUGGAUCCCGGGGAAACGACGGAUUCCGGCCGGAUUCCUCUACGCCCCAGAUCGCCUCGGAGUACCAUGUUGCAAGCCGCAGUCGUAGUCGCUCGCCAACCCAUCAUGAUCGUGAGCGUGAUCGUGAUCGCGACCGCCGUGAGCACGGAAAGCCCGAGGAGCAGCAGCGGUACGGUGGAGGCAGGGACCACCGUGACCGGGACCGCGGCGGACAGCAGCACGACGUGUAUGCCGGACCCGGGCAGCAGGACACAUAUCUCGACCAACACGACAUGUACCCGCCGUUGGAUCAGCGACACGACGAGCGCGCAGUGGACUCCCGUGCCGUCGUUCCCAGCAGGGCACCCUCGGGGCGAGACGACGACCGACAGCGCAUUGACAACCGACAGCGUAUCGAGGACCGACUGCGCGGUGACGACCGACAGCGCAUUGACGAUCGACCGCGCAUUGACGACCGACAGCGUAUUGACGACCGCCAGCGCAGCGUAUCACCCUUCACUGCGCGCACACUACUCCACAAGCAAUCGUCUCACAGUCGUACCCGCAGCCACUCCUCCGAGCGCCCCAAUGGCAGAAACCAAGACGGCGUGCCGACGCGUCCUCGACAUUUUGACAACCCAGACGUGGUCGAGCCCGCUCCACGGACGCGCUCCGCACGCCCCCCAUUCCACCCCCGCCAACGUAAUGUCAAAGUCGCGCGCAGCAAGGAGACCUCCGAGGCGGGGUACGCGGCCAUGGCGGAUCUGUACGGCGGCGCUACGCUCAUCAAGCUGGGCAACGAGAGGGGCACUUACGCGUACAUACACUUUCAUACCCACCUGGACGCCCAAAGAGCUGUGGACGCCCGCUCCGAUACCAAUUGGUCCUCGGUGGUGGUCAAGGAGGGGGAGGAGGACGGUGGAAUGCACGAGGCUGUACUGGUAUGGGGCCGCCAGAAGCGGGGCGGCAACGCGUUCAGGAACCUGGGAGAGUAG